CAAUGUCAUGGGAAUAUCGGAGCUGAGCAGAUCAGCAAUCUUGGACCUGCUUGUUUAGGCGGUGCCAGUGCUGAGACCAUCCGUGAUAUGUCUGACCUAGCUGAUAACAUGGACGUUGUCAGAGAAGCUGCAAAACUUCUUUCACUUGCCGCCCGAGGAGAAGUUGUACGAAAGUUACGAGAGGAAAGUAGCUUAGGCCAAGCUGUGAGGGAUUUUGGAGCUGAUCUAGCGGAAGGUUUAUCCAAUAACCAAAUUAAGGAUGUAAGUCUUGCAGACUGUGGAUUUGAAGAAGGAGGGGAUGGCUCAUGUGGUGACGUGGAAUUUAAACCAUGUACAGGCGCGUAAUUUGUUCCGAAGAGCUAAGGAAGAAAGAUCAGGUGAAAUGGGAACAGCUGAUUUUGAACAGAUGGGUAAAGCAGUUGUCGGUUGCAGACAUGGUGAUUUGACUGAAAAUGUACCAACAGAUGAACAGCUUGCCUGCGUUCAGACUAUGUCUGAAAAUGGCCGUGGCAAUAUGCGACCAAAGCAGAUUCGGGACAUUGCUGAUAAAGUAGUGAAGCCUCGUUUAGAAGCAUUAGUCGAGGACGGGGAAUGUAUUCUAAAUGGAUUGUCUGUUGAAGAAGCUGCCAGCAUGCCAGAAUUCAUGCUUCAAUUACCAUUUGAAACUUUCCAGAAUGAGACCUGUACUACUGAGAUUUUGGAAGCUGCUUUGUGUAGCUUUGGCAACCUUGAUGAUGCAGAGCAUAUGAGAAACCAUCCUAUUCAUAACCGCAGAGAAUUGAUUAACAUUAUUCUCAACUUUUAUGAGAUUGGUGAAACUGACCCAAUCACCUCUGAUGUGUUGAACUGUCUGGGUGGCUUGGCCUGUGGCCUUACUCCUGAAUCUAUUGCCAAUAUUGAAGAAGAUGCUUUGUCUGAUUAUAUUUCAACAUCCGGGCAGUGCUGUUUAAGAAAGUUACAGAGACAGGCCAUUGUGGACAGAGUUAUGGAGUCUACUGGUGCAACCAGUAUAGAUGAUAAUGCAAUGGUGGAUUACCUUGAUGAUUUGAUUCUAUUUUUAGCACCUGAUGACACUGCAGCAGUUGAUGCGGAUACAAUCUAUACCAAGAUCGUUGAUGAGAAUGCACUUGAUACUGUGUUAGAUUUGUCAAAGGAAGCAAAACGACUGUGUCGUUUUGAUCGCAAGGAUGAAGAUGGUGAAAAUACAGCCGAAGAUGAACAGCGAAGUGCUUUGAUAGAGCAGGCUCAAGAUGGCAGCAGUACUGAAUCAAAACGUCGCCGUCGCCGUGAGACUUCAUCACCAUGUGACUUGAUUGCCAGGGCUGAAGAAUACUGUACAGCUUUCAGUGCAGAAGAGAUCAACUCAUGGACAACCGAUGACUUCACCUGUGCACUGGACUACAUGAGUACAAUCUGUUCUUGGUCUGAAGAUCAACUCACCGCUCUAAUCAGUCAGGCUAAAGAGGUUUAUGGUGCAGAUGUCAGUCAAUGGUCCGGUAGUGAUCUUACUAGCUUGGGAUGCAUUGCUCAAGGUUUGACUCACAGUGAACUUUCUACGGCAAAUAUCGAUUCCAACUCUGUGGUGGAGGCACUCUCGCAGUAUGAUGGAUGGAGUGAACAGCAAGCGGAUGCUGCUCUUACCCAGUAUUUGACACUGACAGGAAAGACUGCAGAUACACUGGAUGCUACUGACCUUAGCUCAUUGAUGUAUUUCCUAGCUGCUUUAGAUUCCUCUUCAGUGACACAGAUUGACAUUGAUGCCUUUAAGGAUGCGAUUGCUGUUCUUUCCGAGAUUACGUCGUUCAAUCAUGACCAACUGGAUGCCUUUCUGGACUUGUGUCGACAAAUUUAUGGGGACAGUGAUAUCAGCAAUUGGUUGGAAGAAGAUAUUGGUGAAGCUGGUGUCUUUAUGGCGGGUACAACUGCAAAUGAGUUGUCUUCUUUGUCCGAGGAUCAGUUGGCUGGUAUUCAAGCCUUGACAUUUUCCAUAAUCAGAGGCGAAGUGUUGGGUGCAUUAAGUGCGGCACAGUUGGAGAAUUUGGGUUCAGAUCAAGUUAACUAUAUUAGUGAUUCUACCAGGGAUUUAUUGACAGCAGAACAGAUAGAAGCAUUGGAAACAGCUUUGUAUGGCAAUGAAGUUGCUCCUGCUACAGAUGGUUCUGGUGCCACAGGUCUGGCUUGCAGUAUGGUUGCUAUGGCUACAUCCAUGAUGCUUGUUGUCUUCAGAAUCUAAAUGGACAUCAAGCAGAUUUUAAUGUGUAAUUUAAUCGGUAUGAAUAAUGUUAGUGAGCAUGAAGUCGUCUUCUGAGUAGAUUCCUUGAUUUUCAUUAAAGAGUGUCAGCUUUUUUUUAAUAUCUACAAUAUUGAAAUUUGUGUGCUUAGUUAAAUGAUUGAUUAAUUUACUGCAUUUGAAGCACAAAGAUUGUAAAAUGCCCAGUUCAUACAAGUGACAAUAUUUUUACAUAUCAGGAAGAAAUUUGUUAAUCACCCUCUAAUCUAUGCAUAAUGAAAAUCAAAAUGGCUGCUCUUUAGUAGUAAAUCAUGUGUAUCUUCUUAGAUCAACCCGUGACUGAAUUUCGCUUAGUUAUUUCAUUUCUGAUUUUAUAAGUUGUAUCUUUUUUUCAAGAUAUAACUAUAAGUGCAUGCAAUCAGUAUCUUUCCUUUUCAUCUGCUGUUCAGUAUGGAUUUACUUUUUGUACAAAGCAAACUUUAAAGUGACCACCUUGUUUAUGCGAUCGGCAGCAGUUACAAAGCCUCAAACUGAUGAGCGCCCUCUAUGUCAUUAUAGAGAUUUGUAGAGUAUUAGUUCAGUAACAAUAUGUUCGUAAUUUAAAAAAAAAACAGAAUGAAGGUUUAGGUAUUGACUUUUAUGUGUAUA